CCUCCUCCACGAUCAUCACCAAAGGAGGGCAAAAAAAAGUAAUCUCUACACAUUUCCCAUUAUCCCUAGGACAAUGCCAGAAUCCUCAAGGGGACGAGAUUUUCAAUGGCUCAUGGCGAGCCCCAAAAGGUCGACACCGUCAUUGUCGGAAACGGCCCCUCCGCCUUGAUUCUCUCGUACAUCCUCCAUGGGCAUAUCCCUUACUACGAUAAGUCCAGUCCACAUCCCGAUGCCAUCCUCCAUGAGAAGCUGCUCGGGUUGGACCACGAUCUGCUUGAUAUCGACUUCGACUACUUGACGGAGCACUUCGCCGGCUCACGGUUUUCUUACUCAACGCAGGCCCUGCCCGUCAAUGUUUUGCUCGACACAUUAGUGAGACCUCUGGGGGAAACAGACGACGCGGAGAAAAAGACAUGUGUCAGGUGGGCAUACGAGCCUUCGCGAGCUGUCACCCAUACGGUCAUUGGACAAGCCCACAGCGCGGGCGGACAAUGGGUAGAGAACCCUGUCCGCGCAAGCUGGGACAUUGGAACGCUCAGUUAUGCGGGGAUGAUUUCGCUUCCGGGCUACGGUUUCGAUGAACACUACCAAAGGCGAAAUGGUCGGCCUAUGCCCGUCUAUCUCAGGCCAUCCCGACAUGCAGUGGCCGACUAUCUCGCCGACUAUCCCUACCGUGUGGGUAUCGCCGACUCCAUCCGUAAUGGAGAGCAUGCCGGAGGGAUUGCUCGUCGUGGCGAUGGUUUCUAUGUCGCGUCGCAUAAUAUCCUGUGUAAGAAUCUUGUCCUUGCCUCUGGAAUCUUCAGCGAGCUCAUCCAACCACGACCUCUGCUCCGUCCACUCGUCGAACUUCUUGCCAAACAGAUGGGACCGUCUCCGAACCCGCUUCUCGUCAUUGGCUCCGGCUUCAGCGCUGCCGAUGUCAUUAUUUCGAGCCCGCCCAACCAAAAGAUCAUUCACAUUUACAAAUGGGCACCGUCGACAUCACCCUCCCCGUUACGUGCUUGCCACCAGCAAGCUUAUCCCGAAUAUGCAGGUGUGUACCGGCGGAUGAAACUGGCCGCCAACUCGUCCCUCAAGCUCAAGGACAAGCGGCCGAGAUAUCGUCGCGUCAUGACCGACUUCGACUUGAGUCGCGAUUGGAAUACAACGUAUGAGGGAUUCCCGAACACUGAAGUCAUUGGUGUUCAAAUCACCGACGACGGAUCAGCAGCCACCGUCACUUUGCAAAAUGCAAGCAAGAACGAACCACCAUUUCAGCGCCAGGUCAGUGGUCUGGAGUAUGUGGUUGGAAGACGGGGUUCGCUGGAUUAUCUCUCAACCGCCCUUCUGCGGGAAGUGAUGCCCAAGGAAGCUGACGCACAACCAGCUGCCGGUGCUGCUGUGAUAUCAGCGCAGACACUGCGCGAAAAGGCCAAUGAAGAUCUCGAGCUUGCGCCACAUGUUUUCAUCACUGGUAGUCUGACAGGUGACUCCUUGAUUCGCUUUGCGUACGGUGGAUGUGCGUAUGCCGCAGGGAGGAUAAUGCGGGCCGACUCUCAGAAUGGUAACAAUAAAGAUGAGUUGAGCAAGCCGAGGAGCAACGGGGCGGUCAAGGUGUGUUUAGGCCAGUACCAAACGCCGACCUCCUCGCCAAAGAUUCCUGCUAUGAAUGGCCUGGACGGGCAUGAGUCGAGUCCUGUGAGCUUAGCGGAAAGGACUCAUAUGUCGCUGGAUAGACGCAAAGAAUGAUAGAGCUUGGGACAAGACAGAUACCUGGCCCCACCCGGGCAGGCCUCGCGUGAUAUCUUUCGCUUCUUUGUACAUAGAUUUUUGAAGGCGAGAGUAGACCAAUUUGCUUUCUUCUCGGUUGUCUGAGCCGUGGGUGCAAGCUGGCCCUCUGUUGUUAUUUUUCGACAGCUUGCUUCACGAG